UAUAAUAAUAAUAAUAAAUUUUUAUUUAUACCCCGCCCUCCCCAGCCAAGACUGGGCUCAGGGCGACUAACAAGCAAUAAUAAAAUCAAGUUGAUGAAAAUACAAUUUAAAUGAUUAAGAUACAACAUUAAAACAAUUAGGGAGCAAUCUCAUCAUAGGAGAAAGGAAAAAGGAAAAGGGGGAGGGAAUCAAACUGAUUCUGAGCCAAAGGCCAGGUGGAACAACUCUGUCUUACAGGCCCUGCGGAAAGAGAUCAGAUCCUGCAGGACCCUGGUCUCAUGAGACAGAGCAUUCCACCAGGCCGGAGCCAGUGUUGAGAAGGCCCUGGUUCUGGUUGAGGCUAAUCUAACUUCCUUAGGGCCCGGGACCUCUAGGGGUUGCUAUAUAUGGACCUUAAGGUCCUCCGUGGGGCAUACCAGGAGAGGCGGUCUCGUAGGUACAAGGGUCCUAGACCGUCAAGGGCUUUAAAGGUCAAAACCAGCACCUUAAAUCUGACCCUGUACUCCACCAGGAGUCAGUGCAGCUGGAAAAGCACUGGGUGAAUAUGCUCCCAUGGCAGAGACCUUGUGAGGAGCCUCGCUGCAGCAUUCUGCACCCGCUGGAGUUUCUGGGACAGCUUCAAGGGCAGCCCCGCGUAGAGCGAAUUACAGUAGUCAAGUAUGUAAAGGGUGCUUAGGAUUCUGGCCUAAAUCUUAAUCCUUUACAUAUGGCUUAUCCCCAUUGCUUUAGCUCUCUGUCUUUCUGUCUGCAGACUGAAUGAGAUUCAGAAAUCAAUUAAAGGCGGGGCAAUAAUAAGAAUAAUAAUUCCUGCUGCCCCGGCGCUGCGCGUAAAAGUGAACCAAAAAACCCCAGAGUGCAGAAAGCAUAGGAGCCAAUCCUAGGGGCCAAGCCCCCCAAUAAAAAUUUGAGGGUGCAGGGGGCCCUCCCAAAGUUGAUGGGCAUUGGCAUUCAAAUAGUGUCAGGUGAUCGCUUAUGUGGGGUAGGGCUUACUUGGCGCGCCCCCCCCCCCAUAUUUUAUCCAACUUGGCGGAAAGACUCGGCUAACGCAGUUCUUUCACUUGGGGUCAGAAAGGGGCUAGUCCUCUUUGGCCUCGUCCCUCCGUAGUCUCGGCGCGGAGUUCCCCCUUAGACGUAAGCUGGCAGUUACCCCGGAGUAAAAGAACCGCAGCAACAACCGUUGCAGUUUCCUUCCGGGGGCGCAAAAAGCCCAGGGCCUGUUUUACCCGCAGGCGCAACUCCGCCUCCAGCCCGCGAAAGCCGGAGGGGAGGAGAAGGGAGGAGGCGCCGGGGUUGCAGAAGAGCCGCCGGGCUGCGCCGCGAUGGAGGGCGAAAGCUGCUGGCUGCUGCUGUGGUCGACUGCAGUCGCCGGGCUCUUGCUUUUCUACCUGGGCUUCGUGCGGCGCGUCACCGGGGCUGCGCGCACCGCCUUUCCGCGAAGGGAGGCCGGCCGAGUCGCAGGGGGAGGCGGGAGGCCGCCGCCGAUGCGGUGAGUGGGGGGCGUCGGGGCGAUCCGCUCUCCGCUGGCCCCGCGGCUGGGGGGCCUCGAUCUCGGAUGAUCGCCCUGCCAGCCCAGGAUACUUAAGUGCUCUGCGAUAGGAACCUCAAACAAUAAUGAUAAUGAUAAUGGAUAAUAAAUUAUUAUUAAAAGAGAAGGUUUCAUAGCUGUCAACUUUCAGAUUUGAAAAUAGGGGAUCAGCAGCCUCAAAUAAUAAUGAUAAUGAUAAUGAAUAAUAAAUUAUUAUUAAAAGAGAAGGUUUCAUAGCUGUCAACUUUCAGAUUUGAAAAUAGGGGAUCCUGGGGACAGUCUACAGGAUAUCUAACAAUCCGGGAUAGCAGCAGGAAACGGCGCUGGAAUAAGGGAAUUUCCUGCAAAAAAAGGGAAGGUUGACAGCUAUGGAAGGUUUCCAGUCUGAAUUUGGGGCUUCCUGUUACCAAAAACUGCACAGCUACCACGGAAUAAUGGGAUAAUACCACGGGACAAAUGCAAGGUUGUGCGCUUAGGCAAGAAGAACCCGAUGCUCCAAUAUCAGAUGCAUGGGCGUAGCCAAGAGUGGCAGCUGCCAUCGAGGAAAUAAAAUUUGCUUAAGUAAGGGAGGUUCUGCUCCCUUGGCAUAUCCUGUCUGCACCUUGUGAUCAUAGCUGUCAGAUUUGAAAAUUAAGGGAUCAGCAGUCUCGAAAAGAAGGGAUCAGCAGCCUCACCCGUCCUGGGGACAGUCUACAGGAUAUCUAACAAUCCGGGAUAUCAGCGGGAACAGGCGUUGGAAUAAGGGAAUUUCCCGCAAAAAAAGAGAAGGUUGACAGCUAUGCUUGUGAUAAGAUUGGGAACACCUGGCUCACUAGCAGUACAGUGGUACCUUGGGUUACAUACGCUUCAGGUUACAUACGCUUCAGGUUACACACUCCGCUAACCCAGAAAUAGUGCUUCAGGUUAAGAACUUUGCUUCAGGAUAAGAACAGAAAUCGUACUCCGGUGGCGCGGCGGCUGCAGGAGGCCCCAUUAGCUAAAGUGGUGCUUCAGGUUAAGAACAGUUUCAGGUUAAGUACAGACCUCCGGAACGAAUGAAGUACUUAACCCAAGGUACCACUGUACAUGUGAAAAGGAUCUUGGAGUCUCCCUCCCUCUCUCUGGCCAAACUCUGUGCUCUCUCUUUCACACCCUGGCACAAACUCCCUGCUCUUUCCAUGGGGUGUGGUGCUGCGCACUUGCCCCCACAUUUUGUGGGCACCUGGUCCCUAUAUGGGACAUAUUGUGGGUGCCUUGGCACCCAGGGUCUUAGGGAGAUGGCGCCUAGGUAGUGGACCACAAGCUGAACAUGAGUCAACAGUGUGAUGCAGCAGCAAAUAAAGCUAAUGCUAUUCUUAGCUGCAUCAACAGAAGUAUAGUGUGCAGAACAGGGGAAGUAAUAGUACCACUCACUUCUGCCCUGGCCAGACCACACCUGGAAUACCAGUUCUGGGUGCCACAAUUUAAGCAGGAUAUUGACAAUCUGGAACGUGUGCAGAGGAGGGUGACCAAGAUGAUCAAGGGUUUGGAAAUCAAGCCUUAUGAGGAAUGGUUGAAGGGGUUGGGUAUGUUUAGUCUGGAGAAGAGGAGUCUGAGAGGAGAUAGCCAUCUUCAAAUACCUAAAAGGGCUGUCACAUGGAAGAUGGAGCAAGCUAGUUUUCUCCUGCUCCAGAGGGUAGGACUCGAACCAAUGGCUUUGAGUUACAAGGAGAUUCUGACAACACAUCAGGAAUAACUUUCUGACAGCAAGAGCUGUUCAACAGUGGAACAGUGGUUUCUCCUUUGGAGGUUUUUAAGCUGAGGUCGAAUGACCAUCUGCCACGAAUGCUUUAGUUGAGGUUCCUUCAUUGCAGGGGGUUGGAUUAGAGCAUGGGUAGGCAAACUAAGGCCCGGGGGCCGGAUUCGGCCCAAUCGCCUUCUAAAUCCGGCCCGCGGACGGUCCGAGAAUCAGCGUGUUUUUACCUGAGUAGAAUGUGUCCCUUUAUUUAAAAUCAUCUCUGGGUUAUUUGUGGGGCCUGCCUGGUGUUUUUCCAUGAGUAGAAUGUGUGCUUUUAUUUAAAAUGCAUCUCUGGGUUAUUUGUGGGGCAUAGGAAUUCAUUCAUUUCCCCCCCCCUUUCAAAAUAUAGUCCGGCCCCCCACAAGGUCUGAGGGACAGUAGACUGGCCCCCUGCUGAAAAAGUUUGCUGACCCCUGGACUAGAGGAUCCUUGCUGAUGGAGCCAUGCCAUUUUGGAGCCAUGACAAACACCACUUUUGAGUAACAUAAUUCAGACUUCUUUGUUUAUUCAGAGGAAGGGCAAUGGACAAACGUUGCCUAAGCAAGCUUCAAGUCAGACUUGAUUUAACUGUUAAUUAACCCUGGCGGCAGAGUGGUUUGACUGGUCGGAGCAUUUUGUUGCAAACUGACUGCCGUCUCUCGCCAGAGAACAUUUCCUAAGAGUUAAAAUGUCAGACGUAGGUUAACACAUCAUUUUGAUGUCCCAACGAAACAAAAAGUUCUUAAGAGGUUUACAUCAUACCAAUUAAGAACUAAAAGCAGUCAUUAUUUUGGGUUUACUUAUAAAGCCCGUGACCCACUUACACGGGCUUUGGGAUCUACCUGCGGGUUGCGAUCCCCAGGUUGAAAAGACUGCUGUAUAUGAGAGGAUUCCUCAGAACUGUGUGUUCAGUUUCUGUGCCAUCAUGCUGCUUUUUUUUGCCUCUGGAAAGAAGGUUUAUCAGGUUUUAUACUUGAUAAAAGGUAAAGGGACCCCUGACCAUUAGGUCCAGUCAUGGCCAACUCUGGGGUUGCGGCGCUCAUCUCGCUUUAUUGGCCGAGGGAGCCGGUGUACAUCUUCCGGGUCAUGUGGCCAGCAUGAUUAAGCCGCUUGUGGCGAACCAGAGCAGCGCACGGAAACGCCGUUUACCUUCCCGCCAGAGCGGUACCUAUUUAUCUACUUGCAUUUUGACGUGCUUUCGAACUGCUAGGUUGGCAGGAGCUGGGACCGAGCAACGGGAGCUCACCCCGUUGCAGGGAUUCGAACCGCCGACCUUCUGAUUGGCAAGUCCUAGGCUCUGUGGUUUAACCCACAGCGCCACCCGCGUCCCUGUAGUGGGACAAAAUAAAUGCGCGUGACACUGUGGGAAGUGGCUUUUCUUUCAAGCUACUUUCUCUUCCCUUUAAAACCUAUUCUGUCUCUAGCCAGAAAGAGCAUAUGAUGACUGGUUUGGCUGCUGUGUAUAGCAAACACUUUGAAUGUCGACACCUCAAGAGCUACGUCUUCUCUGUGCAAAGAUCAUUUUCAGCCUUCCUUGCCCAACCACUACUGCUUUCCUUCAGAGCAGCAAUUUAAAUUGGUUUUUGAAUUUAUCUGCUGUUUUGAAUUACGACCUUUGCCGGAUACGUUUUGUAUUUUUAAUCCGGUUUUGUAUUAUGCUGAUUUUUGUAAACAAAGAUGGGGGUGGGGUAUAAAUGGAUAGUAAAAUAACAUUACUCCUUCCCUCGGCUUCUUACCUAAUACAGGAACCUAUGACUGAGAGUAUAAACUGCUAACCUUAUGCUAAAUGGCAUUCUCUUAUAUUAAUUCUGUAAUGGAAUUAAAAAUUUGGUACUAAAGAAAAAUAUUUGAACAUGAGUGGACCCACGCCUAUAGAUUUGGAAGCAAAAUGGCACCGCCCUAAAAUAAAGUCAUUUUGGGGAGGGGAGGAUUCCUAGUACCUCGGUUGUCGAACGCUUUGGAAGUCGAACGUUUUGGUUUUCGAAUGCUGAAAACCCGGAAUCUGCAAACUAGUUUCCUGCUUUAUAAGGGAAAUAUGCUCUGCUACUUGACUCACUAGCGUGAGGGAGGAAGGAUAAUAUUUAAUCAAGAUAUCCUCUCCUAUUAUCCAUAGCAUUCCCACAAAAACAUUUCCCACAAAAACAACCCAGUAUCAUUCCAAAUCAAUAUGCAUGUGCAUCUACCUCCUUUCCCCAAGUUUUGCAGUCCAAACCUCUGUGCAGAAGGGGAAUUUAUCUGUGGGCCAUACUGACGCAAGGUCAGUACAGUGCCCUGUAAUUUCCUCCAGGUCAGCAGCAGUGUGUCUUAGAGGACUGAAAUGUUCUUCUGCUGGUUUUUGAAUGCUCUUGGAUUUAAUGCCUGGAGAGUUAGGGGGGCUAUCGGGGCAACACUAACCCUAAACUCUUCUGUCUCCCCUUCCCCUCUUUUCCCUCACAGUGGAGUCCCAGGUUGUCUGGCUUCUCGCUGCGGCUUUGCGUACACUUGGCCAACACUGUGAGUAUACAGCCAUUCCAAUCUGAUUAGUCUCUGUCCUUUUUAAAAGUAUCCUGUGCAUAUCUAGAACUCCUAUCCUUGUUCUCAGUGAAGCCAGACCCUCCCAAGAUGGAGCAGUGAUAAGGAAGGAACUUGAGCAGCCUAGAAUGGCCCAACCAUGCUUUGUAUUUUGAGCACGGCUGCAGGAACUUGAGCUGCUUGGGCUUGGGCUCUGGUUGUUAAGCAAUCAUUGCACCUGUUUCCAGAAUUCUGGUUUUCCAUGCCUUCAUGUGGGUAGCCAGGACAGCAACAUAAUACCUCCGGCACAAGAGGGGGAGGUAGUAGCAGGCUGGGAUGAAUUUGAAGAUUUGCGGAAGGACAAAAAAACCACUAGCUGUUAAACCUUAAAUGGGAGGGGAACCCACAAAAACCAGCCUGAUAAGGACUCAGCAGCACAGAAUGCUGAGUGGCAAAGUGGCGUGCGGGAUGGGAAAACUGGGAGGCGACGCAGCAUUUUGUUGUGGCUCCCACUUGCACUAGGAAAGUGAAAGAAGAACAGGAGUUGGCAGUCAAAAGGAGAUGUACUUUCAGUUGCUGCUUAGCAGUAGUUCCUUUGACUUUCAUGAAAAAAACAUACUACACUGAAACAUUUCAUGGUUUCAGGGCAUGUGACUGACUUAGAGAGACCAAGCAAUCUAGCUCAGUCUGGGUUUGAUGUGCAGAACUGUAAGGACUGCAUCUUCUUCUGCUAGUCUCAAGUUAUUUACAUUUAACUGCAGAAAAUAAGGGAAGGAGUGGUCCUGUGCUGCUUUUGCUUUUGCCAUGUGAUCUAAAUUCAGGGUGUGGUUGUGCUCAGUGUUUCUGGUUCCCUGCAAACUGCAUGCCUUUGAGACAACAACAACAACAACAUUUUUUUAUAUAAAAAAAAAUUAUUUCUAUCGCACCCUCCCCAGCCUACAUGGGACCCCCUUUUCCUAGCUGAAGGGGUCUCCUGAAGGAAGUCCUUCAGCUGCUGCCAGGGCUGUUCUGCAAGACACUUCAGUGUUCGGGAGAAGUAAUCAGAACACAUUUUUUGGUGUGGGGCUAAAGCAUCCAACUUGUUAUGGUUCCUUGAUGAAAGUCCGUCCCUGAAGCUAGGCAAGUUCAGGCUGGCCAGCAGCUGGAUGAGAGUCUGCUUGAGAACCCGAGGGAUGAUGCUGAGAGCUCUUUGGAGGGAAAGUUGAAUUCCGAAACAAUGCCUUGCAGUUGGACUAGACUGUAGGAGAACCUUGCCAACCACUGGGAUAGCCGCUUUAUUUCUGUACGUUGGUGACGAAGCUCAUAUACUCAUUUUGAUCAGAUAAAGCUUACACAGUUGCCCACAGCACUGCAAAAGUUCCUGUCUGUAGGCAAAAAAUGUGUGGGCUCCCUGAGUGCAUAUAUUUUUAGGACAGGCAAGCCAUCAUCAGGACGCGGGUGGUGCUGUGGGUUAAACCACAGAGCCUAGGACUUGCCGAUCAGAAGGUCGGUGGUUCGAAUCCCCACAGCGGGGUGAGCUCCCGUUGCUCGGUCUCUGCUCCUGCCAACCUAGCAGUUCGAAAGCACGUCAAAGUGCAAGUAGAUAAAUAGGUACCACUCCGGCGGGAAGGUAAACGGCGUUUCCGUGCGCUGCUCUGGUUCGCCAGAAGUGGCUUAGUCAUGCUGGCCACAUGACCCGGAAGUUGUACGCCGGCUCCCUCGGCCAAUAAAGCGAGAUGAGCGCCGCAACCCCAGAGUCGGUCACGACUGGACCUAAUGGUCAGGGGUCCCUUUACCUUUACCUUUAAGCCAUCAAAACUGGAUUGCGACUAAUUGUACUGUUGAACACAAUAGAAUGAGAUGCAUCUAAACCAGAUUUGGCACACAAAAUGUGUGUUCCACUUAUUACUCCUGUGGGGGGAGGACUGUUUCUCUGCCUCUCCAUCAUUGCUCCUGCGAUGAGACACACUGGGGUCCUAGUCACAUUCUUUUUUAAUGGCUUGUCUACACUUCACAAACGGUUCCAGAAACAGUGGAGGGGGCCUUAUCAUUGAUGCAAGGCCUGACCAGUCAAUAUCGUACAAAUCUGGGUCCUGCUGAAAGAAUGAAUUUCUGCUGAAUAUAAUCCCGGAGAAGAGAUGAGCCAUAUGCCCAAAAUGUGUUGAAUGUGCAGCAGGUUUGCCCUUGAAAUUAUGUGUAUAUUUAAGCAGCUCAAGAGAAUCGACAGCAAAUCUACUAGAACUGCAAUUAUUUUAUUUGUUUUUAUACCCACUUAUAGGCUUUCGGACAGCAUUUUUUAGUUCCACUUCUAAUGCGGUGAGUAUUUUUUCAUUUUAGAGUUCAAACUGGGGAGCAAAUCUGUGUUGCUGGAAGAAGUGGAUUGCAUUCAACAUAGCGCCAAGGAGACUAUUCUGUCUGCGCAAGGAUUUCUCUUUGCGCAAUGGAAUGCUCUCCCCUUCUUCUCCCUGUGCACCCUAAUACAGUCAUACCUCGGGUUAAAGUUGCUUCAGGUUGAGCGUUUUCGGGUUGCGCUCCGCGGUGACCCGGAAGUAACGGAAUGCAUUACUUCUGGGUUUCGCCGCUCACGCAUGCACAGAUGCUCAAAAUGACGUCACAUGCAUGAGCAGAAGCAGCGAAUCACAACCUACGCACGCGCAGACGCGGGUUGCGUUCUCUUCAGGAUGCGAACGGGGCUCCGAAACGGAUCCCCGUUCGCAUCCUGAGGUACCACUGUAUCUUCAAGAAAGGGGAUCAUCAACUCUCCAGAGCAGAUUUGGGGACAGCGCAGUGCAUAUGUCAGAGAAAGCGAGGGUGGAAAUUUGUUGUUGCUUAGUCGUGCCUGACUCUUCAUGACCCCAUGGACCAGAGCACGCCAGGCACUCCUGUCUUCCACUGCCUCCCGCAGUUGGGUCAAACUCAUGUUAGCAGUUUUGAGAACACUGUCUAACCAUCUCGUCCUCUGUCAUCCCCUUCUCCUUGUGCCCUCAGUCUUUCCCAACAUCAGGGUCUUUUCCAGGGAGUCUUCUCUUCUCAUGAGGUGGCCAAAGUCUUGUAGUCUCAGCUUCAGGAUCUGUCCUUCUAGUGAGCGCUCAGGGCUGAUAUCCUUAAGAAUGGAGAUGUUUGAUCUUCUUGCAGUCCAUGGGACUCUCAAGAGUCUCCUCCAGCACCAUAAUUCAAAAGCAUAAACCAUACAUCACUACUAGGAAAACCAUAGCUUUAACUAUACGGACCUUUGUCAGCAAGGUGAUGUCUCUGCUUUUUAAGAUGCUGUCUGGAUUUGUUAUUGCUUUUCUCCCAAGAAGCAGGCGUCUUUUAAUUUCGUGACUGCUAUCACCAUCUGCAGUGAUCAUGGAACCCAAGAAAGUAAAAUCUCUCACUGCCUCCAUUUCUUCCCCUUCUGUUUGCCAGGAGGUGAUGGGACCAGUGGCCAGGAUCUUCGUUUUUUUGAUGUUGAGCUUCAGACCAUAUUUUGCGCUCUCCUCUUUCACCCUUAUUAAAAGGUUCUUCAAUUCCUCCUCACUUAAUGUAAUUUGUUACAUUAGUGCUAAUCCUUGCACUAGUGCAAAUAAUUCAUAGAAUGCUGCCCAGUGUCUACACUUUACAGAUUUUCCAUAGGCUAUAUAUGGAGGAACUUGUGGAUGGUUGUUGCUUUUCAGCAUCUUCUGGGGCUCUGAUUUGAUUUGGCUCCUGUUUCCAGUUUUGCUGAACUCUGCAGUUAUCUGGGUCAGCACCUCUGUUGAAGAGAUGAGCCUGCGGGGUCUGUUUCCUAGUUUGACGCCUUGCUUGCCUUAAUACAUACAGUGGUACCUCAGGUUACAUAUGUUUCAGGUUACAGACUCUGCUAACCCAGAAAUAGUUCUUCAGGUUAAGAACUUUGCUUCAGGACGAGAACAGAAAUCGUGCUCCGGCGGCGCAGCAGCAGCAGGAGGCCCCAUUAGCUAAAGUGGUGCUUCAGGUUAAGAACAGUUUCAGGUUAAGUACGGACCUCCGGAACGAAUUAAGUACUUAACCCAAGGUACCACUGUAUUCUGUAUCAAGCGUGGUGCGCUUGGUAAUGCCUGACACAAGCUAUUGGCAUUUUGAAGGUGCGGGUCUGAACAGAAGCAGCCUCGUAUCCCAACCAAGGCAUAGUGCAAAAGAUGAGUGGCACUUUGGCACUUCUGGGGGGUAAUACUAGCAUUUUAAACAGAUGGUCUAAAAUUCUUAAGAUGCCAACUCCUCUAUCUUGCAUGCAUACUGAGCGCAGCCAACUUUUUGCAACAGCAUCGUGAUGCAUUUAUACACCAUAAAGUUGCGUUUUGGGGUAUAUCUAUGUGGUCGGUUUGAUUAAACGGUUCAGAAUUCACAGAAAACUCCCAUGUCCCACUGCAGGGAAUACAUCAGACAAUUUUAGCUGUGCAGACAUGCAAAACUAACUGUGCGUCUUGUGUUUUCCAAUUAACUUUUAAUCAAUUUGGCGUUACAGUGGUACCUCAGGUUACAUACGCUUCAGGUUACAGACUCUGCUAACCCAGAAAUAUUACCUCAGGUUAAGUACUUUGCUUCAGGAUGAGAACAGAAAUUGUGCUCUGGUGGCGCGGUAGCAGCAGUAGGCCCCAUUAGCUAAAGCAGUGCUUCAGGUUAAGAACAGUUUCAGGUUAAGUUCAGACCUCCGGAAUGAAUUAAGUACUUAACCUGAGGUACCACUGUAAUGGUACUCAAUGGGGGCCACUUCAACAAGAUACUGGGUACAAGGGGUGAGAUUCAACUAUGCUUUACUCAAGGCAGACCCAUCAAAAUUAAUGGACCCAACUUAGGUAUGUUCAUUUAUUUCACUUGGUCUGAAUAGCAACUUCGGCUCACUUCUCACAUGUGAUCACAACCUUAUUUGGGUGGGGAGGAAUAAAUAAACAGAGAGUUUGGGAAACCAGCUGUUUCCUUCUCUUCGUUACUUGGCAUUAUAACAACGAUCUGGCACAAGGUUUGAGAGCCAGUGUGGUGUAGUGGUUAAGAGCGGUGGACUUGUAAUCUGGGGAACCGGGUUCGCUUCCCUGCUCCUCCACAUUCAGCUGCUGGGUGACUUUGCGCUAGUCACACUUCUCUGAAGUCUCAUCCUCACUCACCUCACAGAGUGUUUGUUGUAGGGGAGGAAGGGAAAGGAGAAUGUUAGCCGCUUUGAGACUCCUUAGGGUAGCGAUAAAGCGGGAUAUCAAAUCCAAACUCUUCUUCUUCUUCAUAUGCUCUCUCUGUCCUCUGGGUACAAAGGAAGGAGAUAUGAAACUUCCAACCACAGUUGCCUGGUUUACCCAAACAUGGGAAACUGUGGUUUGUUUGAAACCAUGAUUGGAAGCGUCUCCUCUUGUGGAUGAAGAAGUGUGUCAGGGAAGAUGGCAUUGCGCCUCAUGAUGGUUUCUAUGCUUUAGAGGAUCCUCUGAAGGUAGCCUGGAUGUUGGAGGUGUGGGAAAGUGAUUUAACUUGUGACUUACAAUCUGUGGAUGCAAUGAGACAGCCUUCCGAGUCUUGGUACCCUCCUGAUUUUUCUUUUUCCUUUUUUCAAAUUAAAAAAAAAAAGCUGUUUCUUGACAGUCAUGGAACUACUGGUGUAAAAAUUGGUCUUCUCUGAUAAAAUCUGUUUGCCAAGAUACUUUUUAUUGGCCGGAUCUGCAAGACCUUAUUUGUAGCAUCUUGUUGAAGGAAAACUAUCAGUGACAGAGAGAACGAGUGCAAUUCUGAAUUAAAAUGUUGCCACGCUCCUUUCCCUUUACAAGCUCCCAUUUCACACACUUAUUUGCAGGGUCAACAACUUUACUGCCCUGCGCUUCCUUGAUCUUGCCGAAGACCCUACGUUUGUGCCAGUAGUCGCUGAGGAAGAGAAAAACGACCAUCCAGAGUCUGAAAAUGUCUUGGAAAUUCUCCCCAAACUGAUGGAAGUAAGGCAAGUACAGAAAUGGAAAGGGGUGGGAGAUCUGGGGUGCUGGGAACUGGUGGAAAGGAGCUGUGUUUGGACACUAGAUAGCUCGGGGGAAUCAUUUGCUGGGAAAGUGGAAGAGGCAUUUAGUACAUCCCUCAAAAAUUCCCCGCCUGCGUUUCCAUGCUGGUGAUGGAAGGAACAAGCCGCCGAAGACCUCUUCUACACGACCAAUACGGAACUGCAGGCUGUUACAACAUUUUAGCCGGCCAACAAAAAUAUUUGCUUCUACAAAGCGGAUGUGGAACGUUGAUCCACCACUUCUGAGAUAUACUCGGAGUCGACUGUGGCUUUCAUGCUCUUUAUUCAGCUCAUAGUAGUGAGGAAUUGGAAGUUCCCCCGAAUUGUCUGCUUUAUAUACAUUAUUUACACAAUGAGCCCCACGUGAUUGGCUAAUUCUGGGAUUCUCCGGUAGGCCAAUCAGGUUGCGGAUUCACUCCCACCUGGAGUUGGAUUGGGUGGCUCCUGCGGACCAAUCAGACUGCUGCAUUCUGGAUCCUAUUGUUCUAGGACCAAUCAGACUGCUGCAUUCUAAAUCCUAUUGUUCUAGGACCAAUCAGACUGCUGCAUUCUGGAUACUAUUGUUCUAGGACCAAUCAGACAGCUGCAUUCUGAAUCCUAUUGUUCUAGGACCAACCAGACUGUUGCAUUUUCGAUCCUAUUCAACUUAGUACAUAACAACUUCCCUGCCAAUCCACUCAGUUGUCUGUGUGGAAUUCUUGGUCGCCUAUGAUUCCUAGGCAAGUGGUUAAAUAUGCAGCUGCUUCUGUUGAAAACAGAUGUUUAGGUAAGAAGGGCAGGCAUAUUUAUAAUAUUGGCUCCUGUUCUUUAUGUAUAUGGAACAUAUAGGCGUGUAUGAUGCUUUUUGUGACUUACUGAAUCCUUCCAGAAUGGGUGAGGGAAUCUUCUUCCUGUCAAGUGCCAUGUUCCCUUGGAGGGCAAUUUUGGAGGUGGGACCAGAGCCCAGAGUGUCACUUACCGUAUUUUUCUGUGUAUAGCACCCCCCCCUGGUGUAUAAGAUGCCCCCUAUUUUGGGGGACUCAAAUUUAAGAAAAUGGGGAGAGAUUGCCCCCAUGUAUAAGACUACCCACCCUUUUAAACAUUUUUUUGCAAAAAACCCUAGUCUUAUAGAUGGAAAAGUACGGUAUCCCCCCCCCUUUCGCUCUCUCCCCCCUCCUGCCCUUCUUCAUUGCAAGGUCUCACGUGUGCUAAGCAGAGUAUUUUCUUUAUAACAUUAAUAAAAAGAAGAAGUGUAUGCCACCCAUCUGACUGGGUUGCCCCAGUCUCUCUGGGUGGCUUCUAGCAAAAUAUACAAGCACAAUAAAACGUCAAACAUUAAAAACUUCCCUAUACAUGUGAAUUUGGGGCAUCUGCCAGCAACAUGCAGUUGCUUCCACAAAGUCCUAACAGGCAGCAGACAGCGAAGCGUUAUUGGUCAUCGGCACAAGUUGUUUAGCUGUGGAUGAUGAGAAAUGAGUGCUGGGUCCACGAUGGCUUGAUCAUCAAUCUCUCACUCUCAGGCGACCGGCAGUGUUCUCUUUUGGUCUUUACCUUUCCUUUCUUUACAGUUCACGUUCUGCUCGCCCUAUGUUCAACUUCAAAGGGAUCCAGGAUUAUUUGAACUGCUACCGGUAAGUGACUGCAGGUAUUCAGCAAAACUGUCCCGGGUCACCCUCCUCCUUUGUUUGACAGAAGCGGGACUUUGUAGCCUCCCCCAAAACAGAAAUGGGCUCCCAGUGGGUGGAAUCGAGGCGUCCAGCUCUUUGGAGACCCAGGGAUUGAUACCUACAUGGAGGCAGUGUGGUGUAGUGGUUAGAGUGUUGGACUAGCACUUGGGAGACCAGCGUUCAAGCCCUGCUCAGCCAUGAAGCUCACUGGGUGAUUUUUGGGCCAGUCAGAUUCGCUCAGCCUAACCUCCCUCUCAAGGCUGUUUAUGAGGAUGAAAAGCACGCCUUGGAGGAAAGGUGGGAUAGAAGCAUAACGAAUAAUAGAGACUCUGCCAUUUAGAGCGGGAUUUAGGUACAGCUUCCCAUGGCCCCAGCCUGACUGUGGGGAAGUGAGCAGGCUUACAAGGAGACUGUUCUCUGUUUGCUAGAUCCGGUGAGGUUACACCACUUCAGGUCGCCAAGAACAUUAUUGCCACGUUGGAAGAUGACGAGAGGUCCAGUCUCCCCCUCCAAGCAAUUGUUCAGUGGGACCGCAAAGAGAUCCUCAAAGUAGGUGGGCCGAAGCUGUGCUACUUUACUUAAAGGGCUCAUCUAAACAUUACGCAGGUGGCGCUGUGGGUUAAACCACAGAGCCUAGGACUUGCCAAUCAGAAGGUCGGCGGUUCGAAUCCCCUUGACGGGGUGCGCUCCCGUUGCUCGAUCCCUGCUCCUGCCAACCUAGCAGUUCGAAAGCACGUCAAAGUGCAAGUAGAUGAAUAGGCACCACUCCAGCAGGAAGAUAAACGGCGUUUCCAUGCGCUGCUCUGGUUCGCCAGAAGUGGCUUAGUCAUGCUGGCCACAUGACCUGGAAGCUGUAUGCCGGCUCCCUCGGCCAGUAAAGCGAGAUGAGCGCCGCAACCCCAGAGUCGGUCACGACUGGACCUAAUGGUCAGGGGUCCCUUUACCUUUACCUAAACAUUACACCAGUGGUUCGUUUCCCAAGGCUGUGGUUUACCACACUGGUGUGGCAGAAGAGGAUAGCAAGUGUGGAGGGAAGGUUCAAGGGCAAUCAAAGAGACAUUUCAGUGUAAUUUAGUAUAAUAUCAACAUAAUUUAUUUAUAAAAGGUUAGUUUCAGCCAAAGGCGACUCUGGGGUUGUGGCGCUCAUCUUGCUUUCUGGCUGUGGGAGCCUGCGUUUGUCCAUAGACAGCUUUCUGGGUCGUGUGGCCAGCAUGACUAAACCGCUUCUGGCGCAACAGGACACAGUGGCGAGUGCCAGAGCGCACAGAAAUACCAUUUACCUUCCCACCAGAGCGGUACCUAUUUAUCUACUUGCACUUUGACGUGCUUUCAAACUGCUAAGUUGGUAGGAGCUGGGACAGAGCAACGGGAGCUCACUCCGUCAUAGGGAUUCGAACUGCCGACCUUCCGAUCGGCAAGCCCAAGAGGCUCAGUGGUUUAGACCACAGCGCCACCCGUGUCCCUACACACACACACACACACACACAGUAUCCAUGUUAUAGCAACAGGGGUAGGCAACUUAAGCCCGGGGGCCGGAUGCAGCCCAAUUGACUUCUCAAUUUGGCCCGCGGAUGGUCCAGGAGUCAGCGUGUUUUUACAUGAGUAGAAUGUGUCCUUUUAUUUAAAACGUAUCCCUGGGUUAUUUGUGGGGCAUAGGAAUUGGUUCAUUCCCCCCCCCCAUAUAGUCCGGCCCACCACAUGGUCUGAGGGACGGUGGACCGUCCCACAGCUGGAAAAGGUUGCUGACCCCAAUAUAGCAGCUGGAUGGAGCAUGGUGUUGAUAAUGCCAGGGUUGCAGGUUUGAUCCCCAUAUGGGACACCUGCAUAUUCCUGCAUUGCAGGGGGUUGGAGUAGAUGAUCCUCAGGGUCCCUUCCAGUUCUAUGCUUCUUUGCUUCUGUGCCUCUCUUUGAGAGCCUCAGCUAUUUUUCUACAGUUCUCCACAGCAUAUUGUUGUGAGCAGGGAUUUUAAACUCUUGACAAAGAUGGGAGAUCAGAAAAGAGAAAGGCUUCUUUGUGGGGAUGAGAUGAGUUUGUUUCUCUCAAGUGAGACGUCGUAUAAAUGAGAUGGCUCAGCAAAAGCAAGCGCCACACCUCUCCUUUAGUUUGUAUACCUACUUAAGUUACAUAUGUAAGAGGCCCGUUUAUCAUUAUAUUUGGGGAAGGAUUCAUAUUCUUCUGUAGCUACAUUGUUUUGUACUUUUAUCAUCAUAUUAUAAAGUAGUUGUGUUCUGUGUUAUAAAUCAAGCUUGUUCCUUUCUGCUUUCCAAUGUAUUUUGUAUCAGGGGGAAAAAAAUCAGUGUGGUGCGAGCAAAUUUUUGUUCUGAAAAUGUGGCCCAGAGGAAAAAAAAGUUUGAGAACCACUGCAUUCAUUGCAGCUUUUGGCCAGGGGGAAGGAGGGUCUGAUUAUUCCCUGUUCAGGGAAGUUUUCAGUGUGUGACAUUUUAAUGUAUUUUUAAUUUUUGUUGGAAGCCUCCCAGAGUGGCUGGGGAAGCCCAGCCAGAUGGUAGGGGUACAAAUAAAUUAUUAUUAUUAUUAUUAUUAUUAUUAUUAUUAUUAUUAAUGCUGAAGCCUUUGAAUCAGACUUCAGGUUGGGACUACUUCGGUCUGCCACUUGUUCCUAUCUCUCUUCCUGCUCAGCAAUUAUAUUAAUGAAUGCUACGUGACAUUAUAAAUCUCUUCCUGCUCAGAUGGCGGAGGACUCCACCGCUCGCUAUCAAAGCAAGCAGACCCUCUCUCUUUUGGACGGGAUCCCAGUGUGCUUGAAGGAGGAGAUUAAAGUGGUAAGCACAGUCCGCUUAGUUGCCUUUGCUGAAUAAGGCUGGUCUUAAGAAAGGGAGGUGGUGGUCUGCCUGAAUUAUAGCUGCUGGGUUUGGGAUUGAUCUGAAGAAUCCUGUUUGGACUGCCACAGGGGGAAGAAAGGGGCAGCUUGACUGCGCUCACCAGGAAUCACAGCAUACAGUGGUACCUCGGGUUACAUACGCUUCAGGUUACAUACGCUUCAGGUUACAGACUCUGCUAACCCAGAAAUAGUGCUUCAGGUUAAGAAUUUUGCUUCAGGAUGGGAACAGAAAUCGUGCUCUGGCGGCGCAGCAGCAGUGGGAGGCCCCAUUAGCUAAAGUGGUGCUUCAGGUUAAGAACAGUUUCAGGUUAAGUACAGACCUCCGGAACGAAUUAAGUACUUAACCCGAGGUACCACUGUAUUGCAGCUUGUGUGUUUGUUUAAUGAGAGUCUUGUGACACCUUAAAGACCUAAGACGUUUAUUAUGAAAUAGGCUUCCUCGGAUCACAGUCCACUUCAUUAAAUACAAUGAAAUGUAAUCCUAAACUGGCGAGCGUAUGAAAAGAACCAGCAGCGGAACAUGAAACUCUUAAUAACUUUUAAUUUUUUUUAAUACUUUUCAAGUUUAUACAUUUCACUAAUUUUACAAUCAUUUUGACCUUUUAAAACUUGACUUGACUCCUCCUUCUUUCUGCAGUUCCUUAAAUUUAUAUUUAAUAUCUUCUGCAUAUCCAAAUUCACUUAAGUUGCUCAUUUAUUCACCUACUUUAAAUAUAUACUCUUAUAAAACUGCAGGUUAUUACAAUAACCCUGCCAAUGUUCUUAUCUGUUUACAAUUUAUCUGUAAAUAUCCAAUAAACCAUUUCCAUUCUUUUAUAAAAAGUUUGUUAUCUUGGUUUCUUAUUCUUCUGGUAAGUUUUGCCAUUUCUGCAUAUUCCAUAAAUUUUUGUAUCCAUUCUUCCUUUGCUGGGACCUCUGCCUCUUUCCAUUUUUGGACGGGUAAUAUUCUUGCCGGUGUAGUAACUUACAUGAAUAAGUUUCUAUACAUUUUAGGUAGUUCUGUCCCUAUAAUUCCCAAGAGAAAAGCUUAUGGGUUGUUUUUUUUACAAAGGUUAUUUUAAACAUCCUUUUCAUUUCAUUAUAUAUCACUGAAAUGAAAUGAGACUCUUAAUCUCAGGAGUGUGGGUUAGAGCUUCACGUUGGGCAAAAGAUAGCCCUGUUUUUCAGGGGGUUGGACUAGAUGACCCUCAUGGUUCAUUCCAACUCCACAAUUCUGUGAUUCUUUAUAUAUACAGUGGUGCCUCGCAAGACGAAAAGAAUCCGUUCCGCGAGUCUCUUCAUCUUGCGGGUUUUUUCGUCUUGCGAAGCAAGCCCAUUAGAGGUUUAGAGGCUUAGCGCUACAGUAUUAGCGGCUUAGCCGGCUUAAAGAUCAGCUGAUAAGCGGCUUAAGGAUCAGCUGAUAAGCGGCUUAAAGAUCAGCUGAUAAGCGGCUUAACGAUCAGCUGAUAAGCGGCUUAGCAUCAGCUGUUAAGCGGCUUAAAGAUCAGCUGAUAAGCGGCUUAGCCAUCAGCUGAUAAGCGGCUUAGCGGCUUGGGAAAAAGGGGGGGGAAAGGAAAAAAACCCCGCAGGAACUCGCAAGACAUUUUCGUCUUGCGAAGCAAGCACAUAGGAAAUUGCUUUAUGAAGCACCUCCAAAACGGAAAACCCUUUCGUCUAGCGAGUUUUCCGUCUUGCGAGGCAUUCGUCUUGCGGGGCACCACUGUGUAUAUAUAUAUAUAUAUAUAUAUAUAUAUAUAUAUAUAUAUAAACAUACCAAUUAUUAUACAUUCCACAGAACUUCACAUCUUAUACAAUCUUUUUGGACUUCCAUCAGCACCUCUGAUGAUCCACCAUUUUUAUCAUUUCUUCUGCAUUUCUUAAAUUCCUAUUGCCUUUAAUUAUCUUAACUCACAAUCCACCUCUUUAACCGUUUUUGCAAUAAUUCAAAUAAUUUACCUCACAAAACUUCUUGCAAACCUACAAACGUAAUCUGGUCAUCACAAUUACUUUUCAAAUAGUCCGUAAAUUUACACCAGUCUUCUGUGAAUCUCUGGUCCCGCAGGCUUCGAAUUCUUCCGGUUAGUUUAUCCACUUCUGCAUAGUCCAUCAAUUUCAUCCUCCAUUCUUCUUUUGUCGGUAAUUCUUCUUGCUUCCAUUUUUGUGCCAAUAAUAUUCUUGCUGCUCUCAUUGAACUACAAUUCUGUGAUUCUAUGGGGGGAAAACCUUUGAUUCCCUGCAUUUUUUUAGGUGCCCUAUCAUCACCGAAGUGGAACGCAAUACCUGGGCAUGGAGCCAGAAACCGAAGAUGCCACUGCCGCCCAAAAACUGCGAGAGGCUGGGGCCAUUAUUAUCGGUGUCUCAAACAUGCACGAAUUGGGUAUUGGAACCACUGGUUGUAACCCCAACAGGUAAAGUAGCUCACAUUCAUUAAACGGGGGCUUGUUGAUAACACUGAAUGGAGCUUUCUCUUUAAAACGUGAGUGGAAUAAGAAAGGUAAUAAAUGUGGAGCAAAGCAUUAUACAGUGGUACCUCGGGUUAAGUACUUAAUUCGUUCCGGAGGUCCGUUAUUAACCUGAAACUGAUCUUAACCCGAAGCACCACUUUAGCUAUUGGGGCCUCCUGCUGCCGCUGCGCCUCCGGAGCACGAUUUCUGUUCUGAUCCUGAAGCAAAGUUCUUAACCCGAGGUACUAUUUCUGGGUUAGCAGAGUCUGUAACUGAGGCGUAUUUAACCUGAAGCGUAUGUAACCUGAGGUACCACUGUAUUGGAAUGCUCAAGUUAAAAGGUUGGUGAAUAAUUUUGGUCAAAAGGGACCAGACAAAGUCUGAAUUGCGAUUAUGUUUAGAACCACUAGCUAUCGCUGUCAGCAGUAAAACUCACUUUAAAGGAAGAGACGUGAAAAAGGAAGAGUUUAAAGUAAGUCUUUAUGGUAUUAACACUGAAUUGUGUGGUUCCUUAAAUGAUAGUAUGUGUGGUGUUGUUGUGAAUUAAAUUUGUAUACCACCCUAUACCUGCAGGUCUCUGGGCGGUUCACAGGGUAAAAUCGCAAUAUAAAAACAAAAUGUAUAAUAAAAAUAAAAGCAAGAAUGACCCAAUAACCCCGCUGCCCACUAAAGAGAAAAUAGAAGGUAUUGGAAUUUGAGGAGACUGCCUUUUACCAUUUGCAUGGUCUCUGCCCAGUGCACCCACUGCUGAGGUCUCGGUGGCUCUGUGAGGCUAGGCCAGUGGUUUCCAACAUUUUUGGCCAUGCCCUACCUAUGCAGGCUGUGCAGCUUUCGCUGAAGCUAGGAGAGCAAGAGGGAUUGGUGCACACCGAUCCCUCUUGCUCUCCUGGCUUCAGGGAUAGCCUUCCGAAGCCUCCUGAGCAGAGCAGGAGUGCUCUGUUUCUCCUCCCGCUUUGUUGGAGAGGCGCUGAGCAGAGAGGGAGAGAACAUUUUUUUUCUUGUUCUCCUCCUCUAAAACUAGGUGCGUCUUAUGGUCGGGUGCGUCUUAUAGAGCGAAAAAUACAGUACUUAUUACAGUGGUACCUCAGGUUAAGUACUUAAUUCGUUCCAGAGGUCCGUACUUAACCUGAAACUGUUCUUAACCUGAAGCACCACUUUAGCUAAUGGGGCCUCCUGCUGCCACCGCGCCGCCGGAGCCCGAUUUCUGUUCUUAUCCUGAAGCAAAGUUCUUAACCUGAAGCACUAUUUCUGGGUUAGCGGAGUGUGUAACCCGAAGCGUAUGCAAUCUGAAGCGUAUGUAACCUGAGGUACCACUGUACUCAAAAAAUGAACUCCUAUUCACGUGGAAGAAACCUAAAAGCCCAUUAACCUGGUCUAACCCAUUCUCGAAUUGCCCCCUUUAAAAAUCAAAUUGCCCCCCUGUGGGGCGUGUGCCCCAUAUUGGGAACCAUGGGGCUAGGUAGAGCAUGGAGACUGGGUGCCAUACCUCGUGGCCUCUGCCUUGAACCUCACCUGUGUGUCAGGAUGUUGAGAUCCUUCGCUUCCUCCAACUGUCUUGGCGGCACUGCCUUCAGAAUCUUUCUCUGUCUCCCUCCAGAUACCACGGUACGGCGAGGAACCCCUACAACCCCCAACACUUCACUGGGGGCAGCUCUAGUGGGUCAGCAGCAGCCGUGGCUUCAGGUGAGGUUGUCCAAUGAGUUGGGGAGGCGGGAAGAAGGAGAGCGGCAGUUCAACAGAGGCAUCGAUCGGUUCCCUUGUGCCCUUGGCAAGGAAAUCUAUCCCCUGUACACAGAGGCGUAGGAAGGUCAGGUGGUACCUGGUGUGGAAAAUUUCUUGUCACCCCCCCCCCCACACACACACAUUGAUUUUUGUUUGCCUGCAAAAAUGGUUUUACGUUAUUUCAUAUUUUCUUACAAAGGAAUGUGGAUUCUGGGCGACUGUGGACAGAUACUUAAAUCUACAGGAUGGGUUGUGUUUUGGCUCCACUGAAUUGAAAUUUUAGCCUUCACGACAUAUAAAAAUGGCCAAGUAAACAAUUAUUUUUGUGGAGGCGGGUCAAGAUAUUAACUGAUAUGCAUGAAGUUUCAAAUAUGGCUGUAUAAUCCCUAGUGUAGUAAGAUGAGACCUUUGGAGCAGGCAUUUUUUAAAAAAAGGUUUUUUAUAACUAUAAUUAUUUUUUAUUUCCAAAACCGAAAAAAGAAAAAUUACAAACAUCAAAUUCAACAUCCAUAUUCAUUUUCUAACAUAAACCUAUUAUAUAAUUAACCAAAUUAAAAUAUACCUAAUUACUAUAAACUUCUUUGCUGUAUACAAAUACAACACAGUUAGAAAUUUUAUAUUAAAGCUUUUAUAUUAUAAUAAUAUUUCAAAUUCCCCUAUACCCCCCCAUUCCUUCACCCAUGUGUGAUCUCAUUUUUAUUUUAUUUUUACUUCUUCCGUCUUGUUGUGUUGUUAUAAUUUAAUCAUUGCGCAGCAGAUUUUUUUAUUGUUUGCUUGCUUACCACUCAUGUUUUACACAUUAUCUAUUAAUAUUCUAGUUCCGGAACCAUAUUUUUUCAUAUAUUCCUUCACUCCCUCCCACUCUUUAAUUAUUCUCUGAUUUGAAGGGCCUCUAAUAGUUGCCGUCAAUUUUGCCAUUUCCAUAAACUCACAGAGUUUACUUUGCCAUUCUAAUAACGAUGGUAUUUUAUGAACCACCCUAGUAGGGCAGUAAUCAUUCCUUGAUAAUUUGUCACCCCCUCCAUGAUGGAACCCGGGGCAGAACGCCCCCCCUUCCUACGCCCCUGCCCAUAUACAUACCACCACAAUGGACCAGAAACUCAACAAGUUUGCUUUACAUAACCUUUUGCACUCCAUCAGUGAUAGAGCUGGGCGAUAGCUGGUUAUUGCCAGCUAAAUAUCACGAUAUCUCAAUAUAUCAUGAUAUAUAUCGGCAGCAGCGGAGGGCAUUGCUGGGCCUCCCCGCGGCGGCAGAGGGUCCCACCAUACCUCCCUGCAGUGGCAGGUGUGCCACGCUUCCCUGCAGCAGCAGGGGCCUUCCCAUGGAGGCAGAGGGUCCCGCCAUAACUCUCUGCAGCGGCGGGGUCCCUUCCAACUUUACAGUUCUGUGAUUCUGAGGAGAUUGUGUGGGGGAAUGCAGAACUAGAUGGUUUCCCUGAACGGAAGGCUCGUAAUUCUGCUUCUUUUUGUAGGCCUUUGCCCGUUGGCUCUUGGUACAGAUGGGGGCGGCUCGGUGAGGAUCCCUGCGUCUUUCUGUGGCAUUGUGGGACUCAAAGGUAAUCAUCUUCUUUGGAGAUCACUUGUAGCCGAGUAAGAUUGCCUUCCAUAAACACGGUUUUAACAGUGAGUCUGUAAGUGACUGUGGAGGCCAAUUCUGGAUCCACACGUCCUUCCACAGUGGGGACAUAGGUUUACGGGCAGGAGUUGAUCACGGUGAGGGUUUGCCAAGCAUGCCUUCCUCUUAGCACGUUUCUCCCUUUCAUCCUGAGUUUGAGCGUCUUCAAAGCCCAUGACACCUGGUAAAGGCUGUUCUCCAACUGGAGCGCUCGCAGGCCAGUGUUUCCCAGUUGUCGGUGUUUAUACUACAUUUUUAAAGAUUUGUCCUGAGAGAGUCUUUAAACUUCUUUUGUUGACCACCAGCGUUACGCUUUCCAUUUUUAAGUUCGGAAUAGAGUAGUUGCUUUGGAAGACGAUAAUUGGGCAUCUGCACAACAUGACCAGUCCAGAGGUACCAACGCACCAUUAACCAAUUAACUGUAGCGAGAGGUCUAACUAGAGAUGCAUAAUUCUCUGUUUAUCAUGAGAGCCAGCCGUGGCACCACAGCCACCGCGGGAGCUUCAUGGCUGAGCAGGGAUCAAAUCCAGCACUCCAUCCUUGGUACUAAGACCCUUGAUUGGUUUGGUGCUUGAAGCAGGGGAAGGAGAAUAUGAUGCCCUUCCAUAUUUCCCCUUCUGUAGGCUGCUGCUUGGAGCCUGGCAUGAUCCAUCGCUCAGGCCAGACUAGCCUCUGGCCUCUCCUUUUGGCCACCUGCUACUUCAUCAUGCCUCUAAUCCACUUGCUUUGUGUCAUCUGAAGGUACCUUUGGACGCACCAGUGAAUUUGGCUGUCACCCUCUCUCAUAUUCUACCGUAAGCCUUGGUAAGAAGGAGGUUUUUGGAGUUGUCUGUCUAGCUGAAGAAAGUGUGUGUGCACCUGCUGAAAACUUGUUCCGUCAUGCCUUUGCAGGCAGUUAAGAAAAUAAUAAUAAUAAUAAUAAUAAUAAUAAUUUAUUUGCACCUCGCCCAUCUGUCUGGGUUUUCCCAGCCACUAUGGGUGGCUUCUAACAAAGAUUAAAAAUACAUUAAAAUGUCACACAUUAAAAACUUCCUUAAACAGAGCUGCCUUCAGAUGUCUUCUAAAUGUCAGGUAGUUGUUUUCCUCUUGGACAUCUGACGGGAGGGCGUUCCACAGGGCGGGCACCACUACCGAGAAGGCCCUCUGCCUGGUUCCCUGUAACUUUGCUUCUUGCAGUGAGGGAACUGCCAGAAGGCCCUCGGAGCUGGACCUCAGUGUCCAGGCAGAAUGAUGGAGGUGGAGACACUCCUUCAGGUAUACUGGGCCAAGGCCGCUUAGGGCUUUAAAGGUCAACACCAACACUUUGAAUUGUGCUCGGAAACGUACUGGGAGCCAAUGUAGGUCUUUCAAGACCGGUGUUAUGUGGUCUCGGCGGCUGCCCCCAGUCACCAGUCUAGCUGCCACAUUCUGGAUUAGUUGUAGUUUCCGGGCCACCUUCAAAGGUAGCCCCAAGUAGAGCGCAUUGCAGUAGUACAAGCGGGAGAUAACAGAGCACGCACCACUCUGGCGAGACAGUCUGCGGGCAGGUAGGGUAGUUGGCUGGUUUCCGAUUUUAAUUUUGUAUAUCAUUUUUUUAAAAUUAUAUGACUUCCAGGUUUUUUUAAUGAAUAGUGGCAUGUUUAUAAAUAGAUUAAAGCUUGAAAUAGAUUAAAGUGAACAAGCUGUCUUCCAGAGAGGAGCUCAUGCCUGGCCUUUUUAGGUCAGUGUGAGCUGGCAGCUAAAUCAAGGUUUGGUUUAGCAUGUUGCAACCAGGACCUGUUGCAAAAGUGGCUUCAGUAUACCUGAAGGAGCAUCUCCACGCCCAUCGUUCUGCCCGGAUACUGAGGUCCAGCGCUGAGGGCCUUCUGGCAGUUCCCUCCCUGCGAGAAGCGAGGUUACAGGGAACCAGGCAGAGGGCCUUCUCGGUAGUGGCACCUGCCCUGUGGAACGCCCUCCUAUCAGAUGUCAAGGAAAUAAACAACUAUUUGACUUUUAGAAGACAUCUGAAGGCAACCCUGUUUAGGGAAGUUUUUAAUGUUUAAUGUUUUAUUCUGUUUUUAGUGUUCUGUUGGGAGCUGCCCAGAGUGGCUGGGGAAACCCAGCCAGAUGGGCGGGGUAUAAAUAAUAACAUAAUGAUGAUGAUAAUGAUUAUGGAGAGCUUAACCACAAUCCUGGAUUUGGAUGACAUGCUAAACCAGACUUUUGGCUUAGCUGCUGUGGUGCACUGAUCUGAAUAGCAAAACAGUUGCAGUCUCCGAAGCCGUGGUUUGGCUUAGUGUGAUGUGUGAAUUUGGUGUGUGUGUGUGUGUGUGUGUGUGUGUGUGAGAGAGAGAGAGAGAUAAUCUGUGUCUACCAUAUUCCUGAGAACACAGGCAGCUUUCUAUAUGAACUGGAAACUUGCUUGUUGUUAAUGUACUUUCUUAUUUCACUGUAUAAUAUAAAACAGAGAGAACAAUUCUAGCACCAGACGAAGAUGAAGCUCCCACGUCGCCUGCCACGUCAAACCCUCACACAUUCUUCCGUCCACCUGAAAGGGGUUGGGAUAAGGUGGUGGAACAGACUGCGCCACAUCAGAUUAUAUAUGUGCAGCCAAUUGAUUCCGAUGCUCCAAACGUAUAACUCCCUGCAGAUAAAAAAUAAAAAAAAUUCCUUCCAGUAGCACCUUAGAGACCAACUAAGUUUGUUAUUGGUAUGAGCUUUCGUGUGCAUGCACACUUCUUCAGAUACACUGAAACAGAAGUCACCAGACCCUUAUAUAAAGUGAAAGGGUGGGGAGGGGUAUUACUCAGAAGGGUGGUGGGAAUGGGUGAUUGGCUGAUAGGUGUGGUAAACCUGUUAACGACUGCAAUUGGUCUUACAGGAAAAAGCAAGGGGUGAGAUGGCUAAAAAUAGCUUUAUCGUGUAUAAUGUGAGAAGAAUCCAAUGUCUCUAUUCAGACCAGGUCUCUCCAUGGCUUUAAGUUUGGUAAUAAGUUGAAAUUCAGCAACUUCUCUUUCCAGUCUAUUUCUGAAAUUCUCUUUCUAUUCAGUCUAUUUCUGAAAUGCAUACAAAAGCUCAUACCAAUAACAAACUUGGUGUCUAAGGUGCUAUUGGAAUGAAUUUUUUUAUUUUGUUUUGACUACAGCAGACCAACAUGGCUACCAACCUGUCCCUGCAGAUAGAAAGCUAGCACAUGGGGCGGGGGAGAGUUCCAGCUAGAACCUUGGCCUGCUGUGAUUUUUUUCUACUUGCAAGGUCUUUCUUUUAUUUUAUAAGGAUCCAGAAUGCAAGUUCUUCCCCCCCUUUUUUUUUGGCUAGGCCCCUUGUCUACAUCAGUGGCAGACGCGGCUGUUGCUUAUGCGAUCUUGGCUGGUCCUGACCCCCGCUAUCCAUAUGGUGAGUCUUAACUGCCCAUUCGUUCCCAUCCGAGUAGCACGACAUCUUUUUUCCACUGCGUGCCUGUUGACGGUUCCUUUUUCACCUGUUUCAGGAUUAGGCCAGCCCAAACCAUCCCUCUCUGGAGUCCUCACACCUGAUCUGAAGGACUUGAAGUUGGGGGUUGACUGGACUUUCUUUAAGGUGCCUGUUUACCUCUUCGUUUCUCUUGCAUCCUUCAUCUACAUGCAGCCGCUAGGAGAGAUCAUCAGGGGGUUUGGGCUGGGUGUCCAUCAAUAUGUGGAUGAUACCUAGCUCUACCUCUCUUUUAAAUCAGAACCAGUGAAGGCUGUGAAGGUCCUGUGUGAGUGUCUGGAGGCGGUUGGAGGAUGGAUGGCAGCUAACAGAUUGAGGUUGAACCCUGACAAGACAGAAGUACUGUUUUUGGGGGACAGGAGGCAGGCAGGUGUGGAGGACUCCCUAGUCCUGAAUGGGGUAACUGUGCCCGUAAAGGACCAGGUGUUCAGCCUGGGAGUCAUUUUGGACUCAAAGCUGUCCAUGAAGGCGCAGGUCAAUUCUGUGUCCAGGACGGCUGUCUACUGGCUUCAUCUGGGACGCAGGCUGAGACCCUACCUGCCCGCGGACUGUCUGGCCAGAGUGGUGCAUGCUCUAGUUAUCUCUCGCUUGGACUACUGCAAUGCACUCUAUGUGGGGCUACCUUUGAAGAUGACCCGGAAACUACAACUGAUCUAGAAUGCGGCAGCUAGACAGGUGACUGGGAGUGGCCGCCGAGACCACAUUGAAAGACCUACAUUGGCUCCCAGUACGUUUCCGAGCACAAUUCAAAGUGUUGGUGUUGACCUUUAAAGCCCUAAAUGGCCUUGGUCCAGUAUACCUGAAGGAGCGUCUCCACCCCCAUCGUUCUGCCUGGACACUGAGGUCCAGCACCGAGGGCCUUCUGGCGGUUCCCUCACUGCAAGAAGCCAAGUUACAGGGAACCAGGCAGAGGGCCUUCUCGGUAGUGGCACCCGCCCUGUGGAACGCCCUCCCACCAGAUGUCAAAGAGAACAACAACUACCAGACUUUUAGAAGACAUCUGAAGGCAGCCCUGUUUAGGGAAGCUUUUAAUGUUUGAUUACUGUAUUUUAAUAUUUUGCUGGAAGCCACUCAGACCGGCUGGGGAAACCCAACCAGAUGGGCGGGGUAUAAAUAAUAAAUUAUUAUUAUAUUGAGAUGCGGCCACUUCAUCUUCAGAAUGUUGCUUCCUGGGUGUUACAUGAGGGAUUCCGGGCACUUCAUGCAGCUCUUAAUCUCAGGAUCAUGAGUCUGAGUUCCACUUGUUGGGCAAAAGAUUCCAGCAUUGCAGGGGGCUGAAUCAGGUGACCCCGGGGUCCCCUUUCAGCUGUAUAAUUCCAUGUCCCUUAAGGAGAUGUAAGGCCACCCUAUGACUCUGUCACAUGACUGGGAACGUGGUGGGUGCCAUAGACAAGAGGAGGAGAAAAGUUCUUUAAUUGUGGUUCCGCAAAGGUAGAUCCUUGGGAAUAACUCUUUUUUUUUUUUGCUUGUCUGCCAGGCAUGUGAUGCUGAAAUCCUAGCCACCUGCCAGAAAGGUAAAUCAUUCAUAAUGAACUGAAAAAAAUGUUUAAAAGUACUUUCCCAAAAAACAAACAAACCCAGAGUCCUUUUUGUUGGGAAGAACUCAGAAGGAAAUUCCCAGAUGUCAGAAAAUGUUAUUUAUGUAUGGCACCACCGCGGUUUGUGUUUUGUUAGCCCCAAAAUGGAAAAUGAGCGAAGUCCCAACCAGAGAAGAUAGGCAACUUAAAUGGAUGGAAUACGUGCAACUUGCGGACCUAACAUAUAGAAUAAGAGAACAAGAAGAACAUAUGUUUAAAGAAGAUUGGAAAAUGUUUAUUGAAUAUAUGGAGGAAAAUUGUGUUUUAUUUGAAAACGUGGGCAGCAUUAAGAUAAAUUCAACCGUGUAAAUAAGUUUUGACAGAUGUAACAAUGGAAUACUGAAUGGUUUAGUUUAUAUAAAAUAUACCGGGAUUCAUGCUGUGCAAAAGGAAUCAUGGAAAGAGAGGAAGGGAAGUCAUUGAUAUUUUAAGUGAAUAUUCUAAAAUGUAAAACAGAAAUUUAAUUUAAAAAAAAACCUCAAAAAAGAAAGCAAGGCAAACUACAUCCCAGAUUUGCUGAAACAAAUUGGGACACUUGUUAGGCUAUUAAGUCUCGCUUAUUUCCCUCCCCCACCCCCUGGCGGCGGCUGCCACUGAUGAUCAGCUGUGAAGUUCCUAGAAGGUUUAGGUGCCUCCGUGGUUGAUGUGUCCCUGCCAGAACUGGAGGAGAUCCGAGUGGCUCAUGUGAUCUGCAUCCUUAGUGAGAUGAGAGAUUUCCUGCAGCCUGACUUCAACAAUUCCUUUGACCAAAUGGUAAGUGGAGGGCUGACUUGGAACUGUAGUCCCAAAACAGCCAGAGACUCAAGUUUGGGAAACCCUGGGAUAGAUUGUGAAGCCGCAUCUUCCUCGCCAGGGCCACCAAUUAACCACAGUUUCUCCAAACACAGAAAUGGUGCUUCCCCCCCCCUUGCUUACCGCACUGAGUGGCACGUGAACUGGCCUAGCAGUUCCCAUAUUCCUUUCCUUUUUGGCCCUGCGGAGAUUGCGACACACCUUGCUCGACGAGGAGGAGGAAAACACAUCUGCACAUGGCUCAACUCUGCCUGUAUCUGUGCCUUUUUGUCUCUGUUCUCUGGCGGAAAGUUGUGUGUGUAGAGGGGUCUUAACUUCAGCAUAGCUCUGUGCCGUUACAUGUCUGUUCUAGGUGGGCAGGUUGUCCAUGACUAUUUAGGAUUAGGGUUUACCCCCGUGUUUCUUCCUUUUCCAGAAUCUGGAGACUCGUCUUAAUCUUGCAAUCGCUUCUAAGUUCACAGCUCUGGAUUAUAUUAAGGUAAAAGGCAAUUAAUUGCAAGAUUGCACCAUUAUUAUUUGCUGUAUUACAGUAGGGUAUGCUUUCCUGUCUUCCCCACAGACUCAAUUCCCACUUGUGUUUGCAGGCAAAUCGGCAGCGGAGCCGCACCAUGGCCCUUCUACAACAGAUGUUUGCGAAUGUGAACUGUCUUAUUACCCCAGGUAUCUAAUGCCAGCUGAAUUUAACACUAUUUAUAUCAACUCGUAGGGGCUUUAUUGGCCUGAUUUGCUUCCCGUCCUGCAUGUGCUCUGGUCUAAAUUAAAAUGUUUUCAUACUGAGUGUAGUAGCGGCUGGCCAAAUGACGUUGGGUGUUUUAAAUGCAGCAGGGCAUGAGGUCAUCAUGAGGUUCCUAGAGAGAGGUGGUGUAUGUUUUGUGACUGGUUGGUAUGACCUCUGUCUGGGUAUGUUAAAAAAAGGAAGUUAUAUGUGUUGUCACCUACCAGGUGUUGAAUCUCUAAAAUGGGCACGUUUCGUAAGCCAUCUUCUACAUGUGUAAUGCCCUCGCCCUAUAAGGCAUAUCAAGGGAGAUUUGAACUGUAAUUUGUGGCUUGGCUCACUUUCUUGGUGUUUUUACUCCCCUGGGCACCUUUGGGAGGAAGAAGGGGAUAUAAAUUAAAUAGGUAAAGAAAAAUAUGGAUUUAUGUCAUAAAACGUAUAUACUAAAAAAAACAACUGGCCUAAUGCAGCCAGAAAUAUGCUAAAGAUUUUUUGCUGAACUAGGUGAAUUAAAACGGUACUUAGAUGGCAGAACAUGCACUUUGUAUGUGUAUCAUUUUAGAUUCAAUCCACAGCACCUGUUUAAAGGAUUUCUGCUUUGCAGGCAGAUUUCAUCUGCAUAAAAAUGUUUUUUUUUGCUUUUGACCUCACAUCCCUUUUUCAUUAUCUGUUUUUUUUUUAAAGUUUUCAACAUACAGUGCAAUAAAAGUUGAACUAAUCUAAAUAGAGAAGAAAAGAAAAAAGCAAAAGAAGAGAGAAAGAUAAAACAAAGAGAGAAAAUAAGAGGGAAAAGAGAGGGAAAAAUAUAAAAAUACAGAACCCUCUGUCAGGGGUAGAUUUUAACCCUUAUCUCACACAAAAGGGAGAGGACCCUCCCUGCUCUCACUUGGGAGCUUCCAUUUCUUCUCCCAGUCUUCCAUCCUGGGAGUUCUUCCCUUCCCUGCCUCUCACGCAGGGUCCUUCAUCAGUCACCUUCCUGGGAGUAAAUUGCAGUUUUCAGUAAAUUUUGGCUUUCAGAACCAGCUCAGCUAAGUCUUAUGUGUGGCAUAAAGGUAAAGGGACCCCUGCCUGUUAGGUCCAGUCGCGGACGACUCUGGGGUUGCAGUGCUCAUCUUGCUUUACUGGCUGAGGGAGCCGGUGUACAGCUUCCUGUACCAGCAUGACUAAGCCGCUUCUGGCAAAUCAGCGCAGCACACAGAAACGCCUUUUACCUUCCUGCUGGAGCGGUACCUAAUUAUCUACUUGCACUUUGACGUGCUUUCGAACUGCUAGGUUGGCAGGAGCAGGGACCGAGCAACAGGAGCUCACCCCAUUGCGGGAAUUCGAACCGCCAACCUUCUGAUCCUUUUUUACUGGGAAACAAUUAUGGGGGUUGACUGGAAACGUUCACAGUGAGGGAUAAGAGGGACUGUUAAGAGCCUAUACUUAUAAAACUUAUAAAAAACACCCCAAAAAACCACAUCACACAAACAUUUUUCUCUUGUGCAAGGUACUGCAUGCUGUGCCCCAAGAAUCCAGGACUCUGAUCUUCUGACUGGGUGUAGCGAUGUUAGGACAACUCUCCGGACCAUGAGGUAAAGACAUGUGUUUUUCAAAGCAAAACUGUGGCAGUGAGGAAGGAGGGCAGGAUUCUAGGGAGACCUGGCUCCCUCCAAAGUGAAAUUGGCCAUUGGAUACGUGGAAACUGAGACUUGCUUUGGUUUGCUGUCUUUGCCAUCUUAAAGAAGAAAUAAUGCUCUUGGGAUUUUUAACACUCCAUGUUGGCUGGGUUUCAGCUGACAGAAACACCCCAGUUGGCUAGACUUCUUUGAUGGGAGAGAAAGGGGUUCUAGAUGUGCAGCCCAAGUCAUUUUCCAGGUUGACCUUCAUUGCUCAACAAGUAUAUAUCUGCUAUAGCAGGGCUGGGAGCUGCAGGCCAAUGGAGGAUGGGGCCAAAGGGAGAAGUGGGCAUGGAUGUGACCCUUGACCAGUAGGCUGCAUUCAAGGCGUGCAGGUGUUGGAGGGUUCUACAAACACAUCUUUCCAUCCAGGCAAGAAAGUAGCGGAAGAACGUUGCCUCAGGAGAGUGAGGAGAAUUCUCAGGGAUGAUUGACACCCUGGCCGGCACUUUCUUGAUCUCCUGCCCUCAGGCAGAAGAUAUAGAAGCAUGAUUAGUCGCAGCAACAGGGUAAAGAACGGCUUCUAUCCAUGGGCUGUUAGGCUGCUGAAUGAAAAGAUAACAACAGGGCAACUGACUUUCGGGUUUGGUGGGUGUGCGUCAGUAAACGAGGGGAAUUAAGACUAAGAGAGCUGAGUGGGGGGUACUCGUGUAAUCUCACUGUAUACAAAUUGUACAAGCGACAAUAAAGUAUUUCAGUUGUCACAGUUCACAUUCCAGUACUCUAGAGGGAUGUGAAGCUGGGCUGUUGAGGGAUAUGGUCUUAGGGCAGACUUUCCCAAACUUGGUUCUCCAGCUGUUUUUGGACUAGAACUCCCAUCAUCCCUAGCUAGCAGUACCAGCGGUCAGGGGUGAUGGGAAUUGUAGUCCAAAAACAACUGGAGAACCAGGUUUGGGAAACAAUGGUCUAGGAGGGAGAGCAUGUGGCCUAGGGAGUCCUAAGGAUCAGAGAAAGAUGUCUGCUGGUCCACCUCUGAUGUGCCCCUUCUCUCUUGAUAUUUGUAGGUACAUGCAACUGGCCAACUUGACUGGCAUCCCAGCACUGGUAAUACCAGUUGGAUAUUCUAUUUCAGGGCUUCCGAUCAGCAUCCAGGUAAAUACGACUUUCUCUGGCUAGUAAAAUGGGUAAAGGACCCCUGGAUGGUUAAGUCCAGUCAAAGGUGACUAUGGGUUUGUGGUGCUCAGGCCGAGGGAGCUAGCAUUUGUCCAGACAGCUCUCCGGGUCAUGUGGCCAGCAUGACUAAACCGCUUCUGGCGUAAUGGAACACCGUGACAGAAGCCAGAGCGCAUGGAAACGCCAUUUACCUUCACACCGCAGCAGUACCUAUUUAUCUACUUGCACUGGUGUGCUUUCGAACUGCUAGGUUGGCAGAAAGCCGGGGCGAAGCAACGGGGGCUCACCCCGUCAUGCGGAUUCAAACCGCCGACCUUCCGAUCACCAAGCCCAAGAGGCUCAGUGGUUGAGACCACAGCACCAUCCGCUCCCUCUCUUGCUGGUACUGCCCAGGUGGCUGGCUCAUCCCCAUACACACAGCAGAAACAACCACAUAAAUUCACUCCUACCUUGGCACCUGCCUGAUGCCUCUCACCCUGGUUCCUCUCAAAUGUGGCAACGAGGAUGAGAGUUUGCCCCUUCCUGGCCAAGGAUCACGUGUGCCGCUCUGGAAGCUGGUUUGUUUUCCUCUGAAAAGAGGGGUGCUCUCUGGUCACAUUUUAUAUUACUGCAGGGUCCUACUGAAAUGUAUGCAGGCCUCUUCCUCCUGCUUCUUCUUGGCCAAGCAGCCCUUGGCUGGUUGUGUUUCAACAGUGACCAAAUACUAGAUAUGUUAGGCAGACGUAAAAUGCUAACGCCACGUAACAAUGGAAAUGCAACUACCUCAUUCUUUUUCACACACCAUCGUAUAGGAUGAAAUACAUCCUCUGGCAGGUGUGGUAGCUCAAAAAAGACACAUUUACCCCCAUGGUUUGUUAGGAUACACGCAGGAGAACCUUCCAAAUGAGAACAUUCAAAGGGUGUGAUUUUGAAGAACGCAAGAGCAGCCCUGCUGCAGGAAACCCAGAAGUCAUCUAUUCCAGCAACCCCUUCUCACAGGGACCAACCCAGAGCCAUAGCUUGGGGGUGGGGGUGCUAGCUGUGUUUUUUUGCCCCCAGUGGAAGUCCCCAGAGAGGUGCCAUUGGGGCUCCCAGCCUGUGUGCGUGCACAAAUGUGCAUUGGGGUGUGUAUGCCAAACUGGGUCUUUGACCCAGGUGAAAUAAAGUCUAGUUUUGCCCCAAUGCCAACCAGAUGCCUAAGUUUCACCAUUUCCUCUCUCACUAUUCCAAUCAGCUGGUAUUCAAGUCAUCCAGCCUCGGAUGACCAAGGUAAACACUAGCCCUCACGGCUUGUAGCAAGUGGGGAACUGACUUUGCAGGAAGCUCCCUCUGUGGUAUUCGUAAUGUCUAGUUGAGCCUCCUUCAAAUAGAUAAGGGGCAGGCUUCUAAAAUGUCAAUACCGUAAAACACUGAAGAAGUUGUGCCGGUUCUCUUCCCAACCUGACUUUACUUCAUAUCCCAGUUCUCUUACAGCUAUUAAGUCCCCUUUCCCUAAACUGAGAUACCUUCAGGCCCUACCUAGAGCACAAAUGACCUUGAUAGAGGUACUCUUCUCUUUCUCACACAGAUCAUGGCGAAGUGGUGGGAUGAAGCACUACUGUUCCGGAUUGGCCUGAAGCUGGAGCAAUUUCAUGGCAUAACAGCAAAACCAGCCAUUUAUUACGACAUUCUUGGGCAAUAGGGCCAGCUGUCUCGAACCAAUACAAAGUAAAACUUUUUUUUAAAGCGUUUGGAAGUUUUGGGUGGCUUGAGGCAGGCGAACAGGCACUUUUUCUGUGCAUCAAAAUCUUUGCUAUUCACGGAAUAUUAAGUAAUAACUUAUUGUUUGGGUUGAGGUUUUAGAUCUUUAGAUCUACACCUACGCUACUUUGAGACUGGCCAUAUUUAGGGUACCUGAUCCUGAGCCAAUGGAUGCUCCACGGCUUAAAUUACAUAGAGCAGAGGCCAGCAGAAAUAGGUGCUCUGAACUAAUAACCCUCCAAAUCAAAUAGACUAAAAGCAUAAAUGAAAAUAUAUCGGGGAGAAUGACCAUGGUUACAAAGUUCAUUUUGCCUGUUUGUUUUUUAGAGGUAGAAAGGUUAAUACAGAGUAUUUGAACCACAGAUACAGAGGAAUGAUGGGCCUCAGGCUUUUGCAAAAAAAACCUGCCCAUCCCCACAAAAUGAAACAGCAUAGACAAGGUCAUAGCUCAUUACCUUAAUAUUGAUCUGUUGCCAUGAUUAUGGGGGCAUUAAAGGGCUUGUUCCCAUAUAGGUUCUCUUACAAAUGCAGUCAAGAUGGUUAUGGCUAGAGGGUUGCCAAGAUCUUUGCACUGAUGGAGACAGGAUCGUUUUCUCAGAAUUCAGACUAAGAGGGCUGUGUUGGGGCAUGCACCCAUUCACAAAAUUUGGCAGGUGUACAAAACCAUUAUACGGAAGGCAUACUGGUGAGGAACCAAAGAAUAAAUAUCUAUAUCUAUAUAUCUAUAUCUAUAUAUAAACAUAGCCGCCAUCUCCACCCAGGAUUUGAUGAACCAGGCUGGAAGAGGGGGAUAAUCUGUUCGGUGCUGCAUGCCAUGGUUUGGGCAACUCCCCACAUCUUCUCUCCCCAUACCUGCCCAGUAGGAGGCCAUGGGAGGAAUAGACUGCUCUUGCCAGAGGUCUGAACUGAUGAGUUGUGGUCUGCAGGUUGUCCUGUUAGGGCGUGUUGAAUUUUGCAACUUUCAGAUUCCAAAAAUGAGGGGUUCUAAAAAGUUGUAACAUGAGCUGGGAAUUCAAAAGAUAUUGUGGUUAAAUAAAUAUAAUUUAGUUUUCCUUGGUAAGGAAAGAUGGUGUAAAAUUGCGUAAGAAACAUUAAAAUGAUUACUAAGUACUUGCAGUUAUUUUAUUUCUAAUUACCUGACAUUUUCAGAAAGUAAAAUUGUUUGGUUUUCUGAAAGCAGUUUAUGUGCUGCUUCAUCAAAUGCAGAUUUGUAAAUGUGGUCCAAUCACAAAAGUAAUAGAAGAUUCGAAUUUCUAACACCCAGAAAGGUAUUUUUAAGACCCCUCACUGAAGAAAUUUGCAAAAAUUGAGUUUCACACACCCCGCCCCCAAAUGGCAUGCCCUAUUGUUCCUAGGUUAUAGUUAAUCGCAGUAAUCCUGAGAUCAGGCCAAACUGAGGCUCUGUACUUGGCCUUGUACGCUUCCUUCUGGCUAAUCCUGCAGCCAAGCUGGUGCCAAAUGUAUUGCUCUGCUUUCCUUUGGACCACAUCAGUGAAGCUGAGAGGAGGGUCUUCUUCUCUGGCCAGCCCAGGAUCUCCAUACACACUGCCUAGGCCUGCAUCCCAGCAGAUCACUUCAGAUCAAUUUCACCCCCAGAGGUGCACUCAUUGUUUCUUGGGACAGAUAUGUGCCAGUAACAUUUCACUUGGUCACUGGUUCACACAGACACAAAAUGGGAGAGUAGUUGUUUUAUCUGACUAAAUCUGUGACCCUCAGUCCAAAAGAAAGACCCCCUCAAGCCAACUCCUCCUGUACAGUACUUCCUCCCUUUUGAAUAGGGUGAGCACACUUGGUACUAUAGCAGUGUAAAAUCAAGGUGUGUAGACAUCAAGUCACAAAAUGAAGGGGCCGAGCUGUACCCAAUUCCUGAGAGAGCGCAGAGCAGGUAAACUAAGUUUAGCUACUUGAGCUUGGCACAGAAUAUGUUGGGCACGCAAACAUACAUUCUGCUGCACCUCUAUCACCCAACAGCCACACGUUUGAGGAACUGGGUGCAGCAUAGAGAUGUCAUUUUCUGAUCCCGUCAACCCUCCCUGGUUCCGCUCUGGUAGAAGUAUAUUUUAAAAACAAGUUUUUACUUGCCUCUUUGGUUGUGCAGUAGUUUUGAGCUAAAGACAGCAGCACCGUAAUGUGAUCAAGCGUCACACCCCAAAAAUUCCGGGGGUGCAUUCCUUGUUGGUUGGUUGCUUCCUUCCUUCUUUCUUUUCAUUAAUAAUUUUUAUUAAUUUUUCAAAUUUUACAUUUCAAAUUAAACAUCUGAAAUC